GAAUCCAAACUGGCAGGCAGACGUGCACUCUCUGAACUCCGCUCGUCAGCAUCGGCUUCAUUGGUAAUUUUGGGUAUAUAAAGCAGCAAGGGGCCCAAAUCUUAAAGAGCCCAGAUUCCCUUUUCGACAGUCUGUCUCAAUCUUUCAUCUCGUGGGGUAGUUCUUGUGCAUUUCUGAGCAGAGCUCACCUUCCAGGUUGUACCCACGACCACAUUUUCUUGGUUUCUCAGAUAUCAGCUUCUUCCAUCCCUCAGAAACGUUUUCAUGGCUUCGCUCGUCGAAUCUGGCUGGAGGUAUCUGAUCACAAAUUUCAACGACUUUCAACUGGCAUGUCUAGGAAGUUUCUUUCUCCAUGAGAGUGUUUUCUUUUUAUCUGGACUCCCUUUUAUAUUUCUUGAAAGGGCAGGAUGGCUGAACAAGUACAAGAUUCAGACAAAAAAUAACAGCCCUGCAGCUCAGGAGAAAUGUAUUACUCGCCUACUGCUGUAUCAUUUUUGUGUCAAUCUGCCAGUUAUGAUCAUUUCCUAUCCUGUCUUCAAAUUCAUGGGCAUGCGCAGUAGUCUUCCAUUGCCGUCCUGGAAAGUUGUUUCAACACAGAUCAUUUUCUACUUCAUCUUAGAGGAUUUUGUAUUCUAUUGGGGACAUAGGGUUCUGCAUACAAAAUGGUUGUAUAAGCAUGUGCACAGUGUCCAUCAUGAAUAUGCUACGCCUUUUGGACUGACUUCUGAAUAUGCUCACCCGGCUGAGAUAUUGUUCCUUGGCUUUGCCACCAUUAUUGGUCCUGCCAUCACUGGGCCCCAUCUGAUCACUCUGUGGUUAUGGAUGGUACUUAGAGUGCUCGAGACAGUUGAGGCACAUUGUGGUUACCAUUUCCCGUGGAGCCUCUCAAACUUCUUACCUGUGUAUGGAGGGUAUGUGUACUUUUCUAUAGCGGUCCUUUUUAGCAGUGUGUAUACAAUAUGUGCUAAUUUAUUCCUUUGUUUCUGCAAUGGUUUUCUUUUAUCAUCCAGUGCUGAUUUUCAUGACUAUCAUCACCGUUUGCUUUAUACCAAGUCUGGCAACUAUUCAUCAACUUUUGUUUACAUGGACAGGAUCUUUGGAACCGAUACCGGUUACAGAAAGUUGAAGGCACUGAAGAAAACUGGAGUUGAAGACGACGGCAAGGAAAUGUGACAUGGGAGCCAGAAAUUUUAUAAACUAGCUUGACAUUAGUAAAUGGGUUCUUUGAUUUUAAGGGCAGUGCUGAAGAGGUCUCCGUUUCUGCCUCCACCUAAUCUUUGUAUGCAGCCACCUUUUUUGUGUUUAAUUUAUUUUUCUCAUUUUAGAGCUUAUGUUAAUGCGGAAUCAGUUGAAAGCUUUAUGCAGACAUUUGUGCCCUCCUAUUCCUAACAUGAAUGAAGAUGCUGCAUUUUUCUUCUUCCCCCAA